AUGGAUGGAGAACCGAAUCGAACAACGCAUCGAAGUAAUGGCUCUUCGCAAUUGGAUCAAUUAUCGAUAAAAUAUCUGGGUUCAAUUCUGUCGCUGGCGGCCGGAUCCCUAUGUGUUGCGCUGGUCGUAAUGUAUCAUCAAGAGAAAGCAACAUUCAUAGUUAUGGCGUGUUCCAAUCUACUGCACGGCUUGGGUUUCUUUGCCCUGUGUCUCAUAUGCUCAAAGCGAAGAGGAAAGACAUCUUUCUUGUCUUUGAGCCACUUGAGCUGCAUCUGCAUUGAAUUGGUGACCCUUGGGGCGGCCGUGUGUCACUUCGAUAAUGGUAGAAAGCAUGCAAUCUCACCAAACACACAUUUACAUCAGAACUUGAUUAUUGCUUUAGACGCGUUGUUAUUAUUUGCAUUAUUUAUCAAUGGGAUGGCCAUCGCUUCAUUAAGGACUGGAACAGAAGCUCAGGCGACCUCGAUAGAAGAUAUUUCACACCUGGGCAGCGAAUCUGCCACCCAACAUGGGAAAUUUGUGCCGCUGAAGAAUUCGUCCCAGACCCUGACGCCUAGCAUGGAAAUUUUUCAGAGUAUUCAAAGCCAAUGUGGUUCGAAACUCUGGACAAUGAAAGAUACACCUGCGUCCCGCUCAACAGACGACAUUUCAUUUCCCUCGGUAGUGAAGCACAAGCUUGAGUGCUUUUCCUCCAAAGAUGCAUCACCAGUAAGCAGCGUAUCCCGAAAGGGUAGCAGCAUCAAGUCCAGAUUGAGAUCAUCAUCUGGGUCUUCAAGCCCCCGUGCGAGCCGUUCUCUCAUAUCAAGACUGCGUUCGCGCAAAUUGCAAUCAGUCUUUGAUAGCAGAAAGAAGUCGGCUGGAGAUGAGACCAGCAAUAAAAAUAUCAAUGGCCGCUACGUGACUAGAUUAUCAACGAUACCGGACCUCUCGAAAAGUGUGUUGAAUGUCAUCUUGUCAUCUUCAGAAGGGCAACACAAGCAGGAGAAAGUUACAGAUUCAUCUGCAGAGCAGAACAUGCAACACAGCGCCAUCCUACCCGAUCCAGCAUUGGAACUGGAAAGAGACGCCAUUGGGCGAAUAAACAGUGCACUAUUACCGCCAUGUUUGAGGGUUAUGGAAAUUCCCCCGCUAUCUGAGACCGUCAAUUCAAAUAAGCAGGCAUUUGCGCAGGGAUCUCAAUACAACGAUUUGCAGAAUGCUACGCAUUCCAGUCCAGACAUUCUGGAGGCCAACGAUCUGGGCGAAAUUCCCCGAAUACCAACCGCCACUCAUGGUGCCAACAGCAGCGGCUGUUCAACAGAUUUUAACAUGCAUCUUGACUUUCCUCAGUUGGUGACAAUGGAUAUGUGGCGAGAGAACAAGGAAAGAAUCCUCGAGAGAGCUGAUCAGCUCCAGCGCCACGCCCUACUGCCCGCUUUCGACUUGAGCUCCCCUGGCUUGGUAAGCCAGAACGACGAGCUGCCAGGAUCAACUUUUAGCUUCCCCUCCAAGAGUUAUCCAACCAACCUCGAUACCAAGACCAGCACAGACCAGAAAGACUUCGAUACAAUAAGUGCGCUGGAGGAAUAUUUCAGAGAUUUAAACGAGCAUGAGGAGGAAGAGAUGCAGAUCAUCGAAGAUGGUCUCAAGCACGACCAGUCAUCCUCCGCGAUCGGGGGUAAUCUGUCGAAAGAGAUAAUCAGGACCAGCACGCGCCAUUCCCCUACUAAAUCUAUGAUCUCUGUGAUAAGUGCCGCCAGUCAGCAGAGGUACUUGAAUGCCACGGGGGACCAAAGACGGCAUUCGCAAAGCAACUUUUUCCUGCCAACAUCUUCAGCUGCCGUGUACAACUCAUCAAGUAAGUCAUCGCCUACCAGAUCCCAGAGACUCAAACGCAUUGGUAAAAAACUGUCCCUUUCAAACCUCUCCGACACCGUGAUAAACCAUUCGAUCGCCUCAGACGCGACAGGCGACCUAUUUGCGGCCUCCAAACAUGACCUUGUGAGAGGUAGAAGCAUCGAUUUCAGCUAUGUUCACAAUCUGCAAAGCAAUCACUCUCCGACCAAAUCAGCCUCUGGCCAAUCGAUGUGUGGAUCCAACUACGAUCGCAGAAACAGCCUGGCGGCAGAUCAUGGGCUGAGAACCGCUAGUGGCCUAUUUUUCUUGCACAAUGGCACUGGCGCUGCUAACUUCGCGCAGGAUCCUACGAUAAACACAACCUGGACCGACCCGCUGCCCGAAGGCCAGAAUACCAGCCAUUCAGCAUCCACCGAGCCAAGCAACUCUUCGACAACAGAGUAUCCCGACGUCGUUAUGAGCGAAUACGACCGCGAACGAUGGAACACCAUUCUGAGCCUCGAAUCUUCGGGAAAACUCAACGUCUAA